AUGGAUGAAGUUGAUGUGUUGACGCGUUUGCUUCGUAAGCUAAACGCAGCAAAUGUGAGUCCGGAAGAACGUCAGCGACUUCAGGCACAAAUUGAAGAAAUUAUGGGACAGGAGGACGAUCCAUUUGAAACAAGUGGCGACGUAGAAGAUGAUGAAUAUUUUCCAGAUGAAGAUGACUUCGGUGAAGCAUCAGAUAUAGAACAGGAAAUCGAGUUAGAGGCUGUUCUGGAUGAAAACCAUGAUGAUAUUGAGGAUUUGUAUAGAGAAGCUAUCGCCCUUGAGGCUUCAACUACAAUGGAAUCAUGCAGCACAUAUAUUACCCAGGGCCUUAUAUACAGGUCGAAAGAUGGUAGAAUGUGGAAUUCAAAUCCUCCACCACCUGGAAGGCCUCGUUGUCACAAUGUUACAACUUUUACUCGUAAAGGGCCACUACGAGGAGCGUCACCGAGUCAUAAAGCUCUUUUCAAGCUAUUGCUGUCUCCUGAAAUCGUAAGUAUCAUAGUGCGGGAAACCAACAGAAAAGCCGUUGAAGCGUUUCGUCUAUGGAAUGAAAAGCAUCCCAGUAAUAAACAGCGUUCUUGGGUAAUGACUGACGAAGACGAAAUGUAUGCUUUUUUUGGGAUGCUACUUAUUGCUGGUGUAUUCCACUCGAAUUCUCAGCCAGCGAAAGAAUUGUGGGCCAGCUACAAUAUGCCAAUUUAUAAGGCCACUAUGUCAUUGAAUCGGUUCAAGAGCUUAACUACUUUCAUCCGUUUCGAUAACAGUGGUACUCGUGCUGAGAGGUUGAAGCAAAGCAAAACUGCUGCCUUGGACGAUGCAUGGCUCAUGCUGAUGGCCAAUUUAGAGAAAGCAUACACUCCGGAUUGUCAUGUAACCGUCGAUGAACAGUUAUUUCCAUAUCAUGGGCGCACUCGAUUCACCCAAUAUAUUCCGAGUAAGCCGGCAAAAUAUGGCAUGAAAGUGUGGUGGAUUUGUGACUCUGUUUCAAACUACCCUUUGAAAGGUAUAAUUUAUACUGGAAAACCACCAGGUGGCCAGCGAGAAACGAAUCAAGAAAUGUUGAUGAAUCGUAGAGUGGCUUUUGUCGGUACCGUAAGAAAAAAUAAGACCUUCAUUCCGCAUGAAUUGCUUAACCCGAAGCGUGAUGUUAAAAGCACUUUAUUUUGUUAUCACAAUAAUAAUAUCGGUCAGUGCUCGUAUAUGGCAAAGCCGAAAAAGCCAGUAAUUAUGUUAUCCACUGCCCAUUACCGUCAAAGCACCGAUCCAUUGAAAGGAUUCAAGCCAGAUCAAAUUUUGGACUACAAUAAAUUUAAAGCGGGGGUAGAUACAAUGGAUCAAAUGUUGACUGGCUAUUCGUGCAAACGCUCGACAAACCGUUGGCCACUGGCAAUGUUUUAUAAUAUGCUGGAUAUUGCCGGUUUGGCCUCAUUCAUCAUCUAUGACGAGCUGAAUCCGGCAAAGCAGAGUGAUAAGAGGCGCUCAUUUAUCAUUGAAUUGGCACGGCAGCUAGUUAUUCCACAUAUGACGAAACGGGCGACUAACCCAUUAGUAUGGAGGUUUGCUCAUAUAAGACAAGCAAUGAAUCUUUUCAAUAUCAAGGUACCGGAAUCUUGUCCAUCGACAUCAGAUGCAACACAGCAACAUUCAUAUGCUCAAGUUGAUUCAAAACGGUCAUCGUGCUAG